AUGGAGAAACUUCAGAUACUGUUGGCCUUCGUCGUCUCACUCGGAGCAGCUUCAGGAGCUUCUCUGGGUGUGGUGCAGACAGAAGGAGGAAGUGUUCAGGGACAAAAUGUAGCAAUCAGUGCUUCCCGCUCUGUGGAUGUUUUCAAAGGAAUUCCCUUUGCAGCCCAACCUGGAGUCUUUGAGAAACCCCAACGUCACCCCGGCUGGGAAGGUACUUUAAAGGCGACAAAGUUUGGCCCGAGAUGUAUGCAGAUCGACAUCUUUCAGACUGGCACGUUUGGUAGUGAGGACUGCCUCUACCUCAACAUCUGGGUUCCUCAGGGGCAACAGGUGUCGUCCAACCUUCCGGUCAUGAUCUGGUUCUUUGGAGGAGGCUUCCUGGUCGGAGGCUCCAUGGGACCAAACCUGUUCGACAACUACAUGUACAGCGGGCAGGAACUGGCAGAAAUGGGUGACGUUAUCGUGGUGUCGGUGGGAUACCGUGUGGGAGUCUUGGGCUUCCUCAGUACAGGGGAUUCCGGCGUACCCGGAAAUUAUGGUCUGUGGGAUCAGCAUGCAGCCAUCGCCUGGGUGCACAGGAACAUCGGCUCGUUUGGAGGAGACCCUGAAAACAUCACCAUCUUCGGAGAGUCUGCAGGUGGAGCCAGUGUUAGCUUCCAGACACUCACUCCGUACAACAAAGGCCUGGUCAGGAGAGCCAUCGCCCAGAGCGGGGUGGCCCUGUGUCCCUGGGCUCUCAUCACAAACCCUCGCACUCAUGCCCAGGAGGUUGCUGUGAAAGUGGGCUGCCCUACUGAUGACCGCAUGGCGGCCUGUCUGAGGUCCACUGAUCCCAAAAUUCUGACCAUGGCUGGUCCCCACCUCCGACCAGGCACCCCAGAAACACCCACCACGAGCUACAUGUAUAUGUCCCCCGUUGUUGAUGGAGACUUCAUCCCUGAUCAUCCUGGCAACUUGUUCCACAACGCGGCCGACAUUGAUUACCUCUCUGGUGUCAAUAACAUGGACGGACACAUGUUCACUUCCCUGGACCUCCCUUUCUUUAGCGACAAGACCAAAGAGAGCAGCGUUGAGGAUCUCAGGACGCUCCUUGCUACUUUUACAAAGGACAAGGGAAAAGAAGGAAUGGAGGUCGUCUUUGCUGACUAUUCCGCCAACUGGGAAGCUACCCCUAGCCAGGAGAGCAUCAAGAGGACCGCCGUGGAGAUUGAGACUGACUAUGCCUUCUUGAUUCCUGCACAGUCAACACUUUUCCUGCAUAAAGACAAUGCUAGGACUGGCAGGACUUAUUCCUACGUUCUGAGUGAGCAAAAUUCAUUGGCUGGACCCAACAAUCUGUACCACGAGUGGGUGGGAGCCGACCACGCGGACGACCUCCAGUAUUUGUUCGGGAAACCCUUCUUUAAUCCCGGAGCGUACGGCGACCGACACAGAAAUCUGUCCAGCUACUUCAUUGCCUACUGGGCCAACUUUGCUCGAACCGGAGACCCCAACAAAGGAAACCUGCCGGUGCCUGUGUUUUGGCCUGAAUUCACCUAUAACGGACAGGAGUACAUGAAUCUCAACUCUCAGAUGAGCGAAAACUCCGUCGGACAUUAUAUGAGGCUGCGCUACGUUCAUCUUUGGACGAAAACCCUUCAGAGUAUGCCGUCGUACGUGGCGGAUGACCAGUGAUGCAUUUCAAACAUGAGUUAGAAACCAUUAAAGAAUAAAAGUAU